AUGAAUCUUUUCCGGGUACUGGGAGAUCUCUCCCAUCUGAUUUCGAUCCUAAUCUUACUGCACAAAAUGACCCAGACGAGCUCCUGCUCCGGCAUCUCCUUCAAAUCCCAAGCUCUCUACCUGAUAGUCUACGCAACCCGCUACGUCGACCUCUUCUGGACCUUCACUGACAGCGCCUACAACACCGUCUUUAAGCUGCUCUUCCUGGCCUCGUCCGGCUACACCAUUUACCUGAUGACGACGGCCUACAAGCCUACCCACGACCCCAACAUAGACACCUUCCGCGUCCAGUACCUGCUCGGCGGCUCCCUCCUCCUGGCCGUGCUCUUCCCCUACAAGUACACGCCCUCGGAAAUCAUGUGGACGUUCUCCAUCUGGCUGGAAUCCGUUGCCAUCCUGCCGCAGCUGUUCCUGCUGCAGAGAACCGGGGAAGCGGAAACGAUCACCACGCACUACCUCUUCGCGCUGGGCAGCUACAGGGCGCUGUACAUCCCGAACUGGAUCUAUCGGUAUUUUGCCGAGGGCCACUUUGACGUCAUCUCCGUGCUGGCUGGCAUCGUGCAGACGGUGCUGUAUUCGGAUUUCUUCUGGAUCUACUACACGAAGGUGUUGAAGGGAAAGAAGUUUGCUCUUCCGGUAUGA